AUGCGAGCAUUAGCGCCGGUUCAAUUGAGGCGAGUGUCGGUAAGGCGACUUUACAGAAACUUCACACGAUCUGGUGACGACUCCAGUCUGGAAAUAUCAAAAUUUGAUUCACAUGUGUCAGAUUUGAAGGGAAAUAACUUGGAACACUUGAAGAUUGAGCUUCAUGAUAUAAGGUUAGCGACCCAUAAUUUUUCAGACACAUAUAAAGCUUUCUCAGGGAGAUGCUAUACGUGGUACACAGUAGAACUAGGCCAUUUUGAUAAAGAAAACCCUUCCUUCAUAGAAGAGAUGAGUAAAUGUAAACUAUUUAAGAGACACAGCGCAGUUGUGAUAAAGCGCUUCCUUCCUAAAGUUGACGAGCACGAAGAAGAAUUAUUUUAUACAGAACUUGAAGUGCUUGCUAGUGUUAAGCAUCACAACAUAGUCACUCUAAUAGGAUUUUGUGUUGAAAGUUUUGAGAGGAUACUUGUCAUCGAGAAAUUUUCUAAUGGAUUCCUUAGUGAUUAUUUGGUUAACGUAAAAAAAAUGCAUAAUUUGACUUGGGAAAAACGUCUGAAAAUCUGCAUUGACGGUGCGCACGCACUGAAUUACCUUCAUUAUGAGAUGGAUGAUAAAAAAAUGAUGAUACACAGUUAUAUAGAUCCUUCAAGAUUUGGGUUGGAUGAGAAUUGCAGGGCAAAGAUCGAAGACUUUGAGUUCGCAGUAUUCCUGUCUCCAAAUCAAAAAGACGAAGCUCUAUGUAAAAGAACAAAUUUUAAGUCAAAGUUCCAUGUGGAUCCAGAAUAUGCGAAGACCGGUAAGCUAAAAAGAGAGUCAGAUGUGUAUAGCUUUGGAGUAGUUAUGUUUGAAAUUCUAUGCGGAAGAGUAGCUUGGGACCAAAUUUAUCUUAAGCAUAGUGAGAAAGGGCUGGUUCAUGUUGCAAGACAAAACUUCUCCAAUGGGACAACAGAUGACAUUAUAGAUCCUAUUCUAAAAGAAGAAACCAGUAAACAGAGUCAUAAUCCAAUUAGAGGAGCCAACAAGGAUUCUUUGUACACAUUUUUAAAAGUUGCAAACCAGUGUGUGGCGGAGAGUCAAGACCAACGCCCAACAAUGAAAGUUGUUCUCAGUGAACUUGAGCAAGCAUUGGUCUUUCAAGAAAAUAAAUGGAAUAAAAUCGGUGAUGGGUUGUGGAGUUGGUUGUGGAUGGCGGCGGCGGUAGUUGGCGCGACAGUGGAGGGUGGUGGGCGGCGACGGGUGGUGGCACCAACAACGAUGGGUGGUGGUGUUGGCCGAUAG